GCGCGCGCGUGCGCCGCGCUCCCUGCUCCUCGGCGGGGGAAGAGAAGUCUGGUACCGGGGCGGCGGCUCGGGCAAUACCCGGCCGACCGCGGAAGAGGGCAGUUGAGCAGCCAUGGAACAUCGCGGGCUGGGGUGGCCGAGGCUCCCCAGGCUGCUGGAGCUGCUGGCGGCGCUGGCGGUGCAGGCAGUGCGCGCCUCCGCCGUCGCCGCCGCCUCGCCGGACCUGCGUCUUUGGCCCAUGCCUCUCUCCGUGCAGACCACCCCGCGCGUGCUGCACCUCUCUCCCGACAACUUCUUCUUCGGCCACAGCUCCACUUCCAAGGCCGGCCCCUCCUGCUCACUGCUGCAGGAGGCGUUUCGGCGAUAUUAUGACUAUAUUUUUGGUUUCUACAAGUGGCAUCAUGGCUCUGCUGAUCUUCGUGUUGAAGUGGAGUUGCAGCAACUUCAAGUCUCAGUUGUCAUGGACCCAGAGUGUGACACUUUCCCCAAGAUCUCUUCGGAUGAGUCCUAUACUUUACUUGUGAAAGGACCAGUGGCCUCGCUCACUGCCAACAGAGUUUGGGGAGUAUUACGAGGUUUAGAGACCUUUAGCCAGUUAAUUUAUCAAGAUUUUUAUGGGACCUUCACUGUCAAUGAAUCCAACAUUGUAGAUUCUCCAAGGUUUCCUCACAGAGGAAUUUUAAUUGAUACAUCCAGACACUUUCUGUCCAUUAAGAGUAUUUUUAAAACUCUGGAUGCUAUGGCUUUUAAUAAGUUUAAUGUUCUCCACUGGCACAUAGUAGAUGACCCGUCUUUCCCUUAUCAGAGUGUCACUUUUCCUGGAUUAAGCAAAAAAGGAAGCUAUUCUUCGUCUCAUGUUUAUACUCCAAACGAUGUCCGUAUGGUGAUUGAAUAUGCCCGAUUACGAGGGAUUCGGAUCCUGCCAGAAUUUGAUAGCCCUGGACAUACGCAGUCUUGGGGAGAAGGCCAGAAAGACCUCCUGACUCCAUGUUAUAAUGGAAAAGAGCCAUCUGGGGCUUUUGGACCUAUAAACCCUAUUUGGAAUACAACUUACAGCUUCCUGUCUAAAUUUUUCAAAGAAAUUAGUACCGUGUUUCCGGAUGAAUUCAUUCAUUUGGGAGGAGAUGAAGUAGAUUUUGAUUGUUGGGCAUCCAAUCCAGAAAUCCAGGAUUUCAUGAGGGACAAAGGCUUCGGCAGAAAUUUUAAGGAACUAGAAUCUUUCUAUAUGCAAGCGGUUUUGGAUAUGAUUUCAGCCAUGAACAAGAACUCCAUAGUCUGGCAAGAAGUUUUUGAUGAUGCAAGCAAGCUCAUGCCAGGCACAGUAAUUCAAGUGUGGAAAAUGGAGGACUAUACUCAGGAACAAAGUAAAGUUACAGAAGCUGGCUUCCCUGUGAUCCUUUCUGCUCCUUGGUACUUAGACUGGAUCAGUUAUGGACAAGACUGGAAAAAAUACUAUGCUGUGGACCCUCUUAGUUUUGAGGGUUCUCAGGAACAGAAAAAACUUGUCAUUGGUGGAGAAGCUUGUCUAUGGGGAGAGUAUGUGGAUGCAACUAACCUUACUCCAAGAUUAUGGCCUCGGGCAAGUGCUGUUGGUGAGAGACUCUGGAGUCACAAAGAUGUCAGAAGCCUAGAGGAUGCCUACAGGAGACUAACAAUUCACCGCUGCAGAAUGCUCAGCCUUUUCCUUGGCAACAUAGUUACAGAGCAUCAAGAACAGCUUCUAGGGCCUCCCUGGUGGCGCAGUGGUUGAGAGUCCGCCUGCCGAUGCAGGGGAUACGGGUUCGUGCCCCGGUCUGGGAGGAUCCCGUGUGCCGCGGAGCGGCUGGGCCCGUGAGCCAUGGCCGCUGGGCCUGCGCGUCCGGAGCCUGUGCUCCGCAACGGGAGAGGCCACGGCAGUGAGAGGCCCGCAUACCGCAAAAAAAAAAAAAAAAAAAAAAAAAAAAAAAAAGAACAGCUUCUACAUUAGCUUCCUCAAAAAUUCUAAACUUUAUCCAAGCCACGGUCUCUGAGUGCUCCAGCCUUGUACUCCACUGGUCUGCUCUGGGAUACUGUCUAAAUAUCUUAUAGCAACCCAAUAUGCCCCAAACGGAACUCAUCAUUUUCUUUUCCAAACACUCCUGUCUGCUUUUUCCUCUUUCUGUUGAUGGCAUCACUACUCUUCAGUUCACCGGGACAUGCAUCUUUGAUUUCCCUUUUUCCACAAGUAAGCUGUAAGAUUUCCACUCCUGUUGCUGGUAUCCUGGUUCAGACCUAGUCCAUUCCCUGUCCUAGACUCUUUUCCCUACUCCAGUCCCUUCUGUAUUCUAAUGAUUAUACUGCUCUCUUCAAAAAACUUUAAAUUAUUCACCACUGUUCUCAAAACAAAUCUCAAACUUCUAGAUGUAGUUUUUAAAGGUUUCUCUACAGUCUGACUCUAUUUUACUUUUCCAACCCUAAUUUCACUACUCCCCUGCCUUCUUUAAUCUCCCCUUGUCUGGAAUGCUGCCCACUGUGCCCAAAUCUUCCAAAACAUCACAGCUCAACAAUUAAUGAAACCAUGUACAAGCCCCUGUUGUGUUUUGAAAUAAAAUGCUGACUCCAGAGUUAAUGAUUGGGAAAUGUGAAGAUGCAGAAACAAAGAACAGCUGUUGGGCUAGGGAACUGGUAACAAUUUAGACUAUAAUGCUGCCACAUGGCAGAAUCACCGAACUCCCAGUUCCCUGAAAGGUAUAGAGGCCUGACACACACUCCUAAGUUGUUUGCACAGGAAGCAGACCGCCUGCCAGAGGAAAACUGCUGACCACAAGCACAUAGACCCUAGACUGGUUGAAACCAGAAGGCUGAUUGAUGAUGCUUGAAACUUCACCUUGAUGCCAGCCAAUCCCAGAAUUGUCCACAAGCUGAUCACAUCCUGCUCUUUGAACACUAUAAAACUCCUCAUAACCCCUCCAGGGUGGAUCACACAGUCUUGAGGGCAUUAGCCCUCUGUGGCCCCCUUUGCCUGGCAAAGCAAUAAAAGCUACUCUUUUCUACU